ACAUUAUUCAUUUCAAUUUCUUCAUGAAUCAUGUACAACUUCAUUUCUUUAAUUGAAAACUCAAUAAAACGAUCGACAUUCAAACUGACCCAGUUUUCUAUUGAAAACCAUUUCGCCAUCACACCAUGACGCUCCUCAAAUUAUCCAUCGUAUUAAUUUUUAUUACAAUGGCUAAAACGCAAAACUUCACGUGCGAGGAUAUGCUUGACAUAUCCGAUAAUAAAAACUCGAUCUCAUUACCUAGAUUACAAACAAUGCAACGUAAAGAUAUAAUUACUUGUUUAGUUCACCUUGGCAAGAAGCCGUUGCGUUCUCUCGAGGCCGAUUACAUUUGGCACUCAAUUAAAAUAUUUUACGGCGACGUCGCGAAUAUUCCAGAAAGUAUACUGGCAACUUUGCAAUGGGUUACACCAGCUAUACCGGCUGAAGAGUAUUAUAAUAUAACGCUGGGUAGUAUUGAUGUGAUACAAAAUUUUGGUAAGGACUAUGUGCUGAACGAAAAUCAACUAACAGCUGUCGCUGAACGUGUUAGAGAUGACUUUAAAGAACCGGAAGAUUUCACCUUCUAUGACUUGGUUGCUUUAAAGCAAAUCCUAUGUGCUUUUAAUGGAAGCGAAAUAGAAAGAAUACAUGCUAAAGCAUACAAGGCAGCGUUUGUUGAAAUAGGUGAAUUGAAGAGAUGCAGUACCGAUGUGUUGCAGGGAUUUCUUAAAUUGGCAACAGACAGUUCGGCUUUUGGACCACCAGAUAACUGGGAUAAUGUAGUUUUGUGUUCUAUCGGCGUCCUGGGAGAGUUUUUGCCUCAAAAAAUACAAGAUAAGAUUAGUAAAGCUAAGAGAGAACUGAAAUUUUUGACGCCCUAAAUUCUUUGUGGAAAUUUCGUAAUUUUAAAUUGUGAUUUGUCCUUGUAGUAUGCUAUAACUUAUGAAGAACACAUAAUUUUAUUUUUAUACAAUAUCAUCAAUUUUAUUAGCUUAACUCUGACCUUGGUGUUAUCUGUUGUUUUUAAGUUAACAAGUAUAUUAUAUAAUAAUAAAUAAAAUUGUUUUAUUAAUAAAGAAUAAUUAACUUAAGAGAAACCCAUAGAAUUUCUUAGUUUAAUAAACAUACAAUGCCAUUUCCGUAUUUUUAUGUACAAUAUAAAUACCACACUGGUAAUAUUUACAACCUACUUCAUGUAUGUAAAUUGCACUUGACUCAAUAUACUUGCUGGAAAACCAGAUUUCAAAUAUACAUUCUGCAAAGUCACGAGAUAAACAAAGAAUGAUUAGUUCCUACUAGAAUUCGUCUCUAUUACAUUACUCCAUUGAGUUUGUUACGGUUGAGUUAGUUCAGAAUCUAGUAUGAAGAGCGAAUCUCAGAUUUUAAUUAAAUCAGAUGGCAUAAGAUCCAUUGUGAUUUCUACUAUUACGCUAUCUAUAUAUUAAGUACACACUGUUCGCAAAUUAACUCGAUUUGUCACUAUUAUAUAUAUUAAGCUUGCUUUUAAGAUUCAUAAUACAAGAUUAUGUCUAAUCUCACUCAGUGGUACCUUCAGCGUGCGAUUCUCAUCCUAGUUUCGAUCCCCGGUUCUGCCCUAAUGGACGGAGUGUUUUUAAGCGUGCAUUUACGCUCGAACGGUGAAGGAAAUAAUCGUGAGGAAACUGGCUUGCCUUAGACCCAAAAAGUUGACGACGUGUGUCAGGCA